GGCGGCCGCAGUGGAAAGGUUAUUGGACGCAGCUGUUGAUUCACCCGCAUCUUUGUUACCUCGCACCCACAAAACCCACAGCGUUUCUCAACGCUCAACCCAAGCUCUCUCUCUGUCACCCGCCCGACCCCAAAAAAACUCCGCCAUCAACGCCAUGCAUCCUGUGGCCUCUCCCGCACGCCAAAUUCACCGGCUCGGCUAGACCUUCCCUCCCUUCCUUCCUCCGCGGGGAUCCAUCCACACCUCCUUCCCCUUCCCCUCCCCUUGCCAGUCUCCUCGGCCAUGGCCCGCGACAAGUGGGAGAGGGCCAAGGAGAGGUUCACGGACUGGUUCGACUACAAUUACGACCGGACUGUGCGGCGGUCGCCCGACGCCAGGUCGGCGUACGAGGAGCGGAUCGAGACCCGGGAGCAGUACUGGCGGGAGCAGCAGGCGCUCAAGGUCCGCCGCCAGCUGGAGCACAUGCAGCGAAAGGAGCUGGAGAUCCAGAACUUCCUCGACGAAAAGCUCCCUCUUGUACCCUCGCCGACGGGGCAGAGGUCUCCGGUGCGGGACGGUAAGGGAGGCCCCGUGCGCGUGUACGUCCCGACUGGAGCCCCGGGCUCGCUGGCCGCCGCCGGACGAGGAGGACCCCACGGCUUCGGCCCCGACCACAGCAGUCGGAUCCCCGCGCCACGGGGGUAUUUCAUGCGGCAUCCUGGACGGCGGCGCCGGUACACAUCCAGGCUGGGGACGCUGUCUGAGCUGGAGGAGGAAGGAGACCAUGUCGAUGAGGUGGGAAGCGUGGAGAAGAUUCUGGAGGAUUCAGACGCCGAAUCCAGACCCGACGUCGAGAAAGAUGGACUGCGAGCUGACAGCUAUGGCAAAACCACGAGCCUCAUCGUGCGGCCUCGGGAGUGCAUAGUGUAGUGCCGACAGUCCAGGAUCCCACAGCCACAGACGCACUUUCGCACAUCCACCCAUGAAUACAACCAGAUAAUACCGGAGGAGAAUAUGAGCAAGUCUGGGACAGAUUAAUGGAAUUUGUGUAAUAUCACCAAGGGCUAAACAAAUAAUCAGACAAAAAGUGAAAGCCAGAUUGC